AUGCCUCUGCUGCAGGUCCCAGGACAGUUUCUGUCUCUAUUCUACACAGACCGAUUGGGUCUUUACCCGCAUGUAGACCUCGGUGGGAGGAAACAGUUCAAUGGUGGCAUCCCUCAGAGAGGUAACCUGAAAGCCAGUAUGAACAAGGCCAAAGCAGAUGUUAACUACUACAUCCCAUCCAAGACAAGCCGGGGCUUGGCUGUGAUAGACUGGGAGGAAUGGCGCCCCUUAUGGGACAGAAACUGGGGCACAAAGAGAAUCUACCAGACUUUAUCUGUGGCCCACCUUAUGCAGACAAACCACUCCCUCACAAUUCGGCAGGCCACAGAGAAAGCCAAACAGCAGUUCCAGGUGGCAGCUAAAAGUUUCAUGUCAGGCAUGUUGACAAUGGGCAGGGCUAUGAGGCCAAACUAUCUCUGGGGCUUCUACCUGUUUCCUAACUGCUACAAUUACGGCUGGGAGAAGCCAGACUACACAGGCCGCUGCUCCAAGGAGGUGAGGGGGCAAAAUGACGAGCUGCUCUGGCUGUGGGAGUCCAGCACUGCUCUCUACCCUUCAAUCUACCUACAGGUUUCUCUGGCAGACAAUCCCCGAGCUGCCCUGAUGGUGAGAAACCGUGUCCAGGAAGCUUUGAGAGUAUCUGCCCUGCCCAGAAGGAGUGGCACUGCUCCCGUGUUUGCUUACGUGCGACCUGUCUUUGUUGAUCAGAACAGACGCUUCCUCAGCCAGGGAGACUUGGUGAGCACCAUUGGGGAGAGUGCGGCAGUGGGAGGGUCUGGCGCUGUGCUGUGGGGGGCCAGUGCGGACUUUAACGACCAGACUUCUUGUGCAGCUCUCUCAUCCUACCUCUCCUCCACCCUUAACCCUUACAUCACCAAUGUUACUGUAGCCGCCCAGCUCUGCAGCAACUUUCUGUGUCGAGGAAAUGGUCGCUGUGUCAGGAAGAAAUACAACUUCAAUCACUACCUCCAUCUAAACCCAGAGAAUUUCAGGAUCCUGUAUGUUCAGAAGCGCUACCUUGUCCUGGGGAGACCCACCCUCACAGACCUGAAGAGUCUGAACCGGAGGUUCACCUGUCAGUGCUACAAAGGACUGAGCUGCUCUCCCAGGACUGACAGAGAGUUAGACAAGGCCCUGAUGUUUAGUAAAAAGCAAGGGCUUUACCAGAAGUUUCACACUCUGAAUAAAGCCUUGUUAGACGAUAUGCAACAAGCCAGUAUUACUAAGGACAAUGUUAAAAAGAACUUUAAAGUUUAGCCCGGAAUUACGAUGUUUGGUCGCAUUUUUUCCAGAGGUUUUUUUCUGACCCAAAGGACUUUUUCAGGGAAGACAGCACAUA